GGGAGCGGGCGGGGGCGGAGCCAACACGGGGCGUGGCCAUUGGAGGGGAUGACGUCACUCUUUGCCCAUAUAUGGAGAAGGGCGUGCCCGUGGGUGGAGCCACGCGGAAAGGGCGUGUCCAUGCGGCGUAGCCGCUGAUGGGCGUGGCCGCCAGCCAUAAAUAGCCAUGGGCGUGUCCCCGUGCGAGGCCCCGCCCCUGGGCGUGUCCGGGGCGGGGGCGGGGCCAGUGGCGGCCGCGAUGGCGUCGCUGUUCGGCGGCGUGGAGGGCGGGGGCACCCACUCCAGGGUGGUGCUGGUGUCCGGGGAUGGCCAGAUCCUGGCCGAGACCGAGGGACCCUGCACCAACCACUGGCUCAUCGGCUCCGAGAAGUGCCUGGAGAGGAUCGAGCGCAUGGUCAGCGAGGCCAAGAGCAAGGCGGGCGCCGACCCCCAGGUGCCCCUGCGCGCGCUGGGGCUGUCGCUGAGCGGAGGGGACCAGCAGGACGCCAUCGGGAAGCUGACGGAGGAGCUGCAGCGCCGCUACCCGCACCUGAGCCAGAGCUACUUCAUCACCACCGACGCCGUGGGGGCCAUGGCCACGGCCACCGACCACGGUGGCAUCGUGCUGAUCUCGGGCACGGGCUCCAACUGCAAACUCAUCAACCCCGACGGCUCCGAGACGGGCUGCGGCGGCUGGGGACACAUGAUGGGGGACGAAGGCUCCGCGUACUGGAUCGCUCACCAGGCUGUGAAGAUGGUCUUUGACUGCAUGGACAACCUGGAGGUGCCGCCCCACGACGUCGCCUACGUCAGGCAGGCCAUGUUCGACUACUUCCAGAUCUCGGACAGGAUGGGGCUCCUGACCCACCUCUACCGCACCUUCGAGAAGUCCAAAUUUGCGGGAUUCUGCCAGAAACUGGCGGAGGGUGCCCAGCUCGGUGACCCCCUGUGCUGCCACAUCUUCAGGAAGGCGGGCGAGGUGCUGGCGCGCCACGUGGUGGCCGUGCUGCCCAAAAUCCACCAGAGCCUGUUCCUGGGCGAGCUGGGGCUGCCCAUCGUGUGCGUGGGCUCGGUGUGGAACAGCUGGGAGCGCCUGCAGGCGGGGUUCAUCCGGGUGCUGGAGCGGGCGCGGGGCGAGGCUCCCGGCGCCUUCUCCCGGUUCAGCCUGCUGAAGCUGAAGCGCUCCUCGGCGCUCGGGGGAGCGCGGCUGGGCGCCCGGAACGCGGGCGCGGCGCUGCCGCUGGACCGCGCCGCCAACGUGGACGUGUUCUACACGCACGCCUUCUGAGGGACCCCGGAACGGCACAGCGCCCCGAAACGGGGACCCCGGAACGGGACAGCGCCCCGAAACGGGGACCCCGGAACGGGACAGCGCCCCGAAACUGCCCCGGCGCCCCGAAACUGCCCCAGCGGCCCCGGGGUCUGAGG